UCGCGAGAGCCCUCUCGGCUUCCACGUUUGCCACGUUCCAAAGGACGGGGGACAGACUGGAAAGCCGAAAGAGGCUUGCUCUUAUAGGCAGCUGCGUCGCGGCCGAACGGCCCCAAGUGUGCAGGGGCGGGGAGCGCGGCAAGGUACUGCCGCCUCAUAGGGGCCCUUGCGAUUGGCUCCCAGGCGCCGUCACUCAGCCUUCCGGGGGCGGGGCGAGGCCGGGAAGGGGCGUGGCCGUCAGGCGGCGAGCCGCGCGCUCUCGCCCCGGGAGGGAGUCACAGGUUCGCACACGCGAGGCGGGGCGCGCGCAGCCGGCACGCGGGUGAAAGUCCUCCCAGGCGCUGCAGGCGGUGCCGAGGCACAGGCUUUGCUGCAGGAGUAGCGGCCCGCACUCGCUCUAGCGCCCGCCGCGGUCAGCGGCUCCCGUGUCGCGAGUGUCCACCCGCGCACUGAGGAAGCCCACCAGCCCUCGCCAGCCUUGGCGGAGCGCGCUAUGGCCCCGCGUAAGAAUGCCAAGGGCAGCGGCAACAGCAGCAGCAGCGGCGGCGGCUCCGGCAGCGGUAGCACGAGCGCGGGCAGCAGCGGGGGCAGCAGCAGCCCCGGGUCCAGGAGAGAGACAAAGCACGGAGGACACAAGAAUGGGAAGAAAGGACUCUCGGGAACUUCAUUCUUCACGUGGUUUAUGGUGAUUGCAUUGCUGGGUGUCUGGACGUCUGUAGCUGUGGUUUGGUUUGAUCUUGUUGACUAUGAAGAAGUUCUAGCCAAAGCAAAGGACUUCCGUUAUAACUUAUCAGAGGUACUUCAAGGAAAACUAGGAGUCUAUGAUGCUGAUGGUGAUGGAGAUUUUGAUGUGGAUGAUGCCAAAGUUUUAUUAGGCCUGACCAAAGAUGGCAGUAAUGAAAAUAUUGAUUCUCUUGAGGAAGUCCUUAAUAUUUUAGCAGAGGAAAGUUCAGAUUGGUUUUAUGGUUUCCUCUCAUUUCUCUAUGAUAUAAUGACUCCUUUUGAAAUGCUAGAAGAAGAAGAAGAAGAAAGCGAAACUGCAGAUGGUGUUGAUGGUACGUCACAGAAUGAAGGGGUUCAGGGAAAGACUUGUGUCAUACUGGAUUUACAUAACCAGUAACUUUGAUUCAGGGAUUGAAGUCAUUGGCAAAUGAACACCCGAAGCAGCCUCCUUUUUCUUUUCUUUCCUUUGCUUAUGCAGGGCUUAAUGUGCAGUGGGGCGGUUGUAAUCUUACCAUCUUACCAUGCAAGUCAACCAUGUGAUCUUGCCCAGUAUAGCUACUAGCUAGUCCCUUGCUCGCUGGACUCCCCCCACUUCUAGUCAAGAAAGUGGCAUUCCUCAUUCUUGUAGUCAGCUACAAAGUACACUAAAAAUGAUGUUCUUGGUGGUAUAAUUGGUUUCUGUAUCGUUUUGUUUCAACUCGUGUAUUCACUGAACUAAAUUUGGACACUUAACAGUAGCAAAUUGUGUUGUGGUUAACCCUUGAUACUUGUCUUUCUAACACACUAUUAAUUAAAAUGAUUCUAAUGGGUUUCAUUAUAAAAAUAUUUCUGGCAUGAUUUAUAAGUUAAAUGCUUCUCUGUUUUUUAACAUGACUGAUGUAUAAAGUGAUGGUUCUUUGCAAAGCUGAUAUUUUUUAUUGUAAUUUGUUUAGGUUAACUGACUUGUCAGAUUCAUACAAAUUUCUAUGUAAAAUUCUGUGUUAAUGGUGCUUUUAAAAUGAUUUUGAAAUAACCCCAUGUUUUUGCCUUAGAGUAAGUUAACUUACUGUUUUCAGAUAGUAGCAUGACAUAUUUCUGUUUAUGAAAGCAAAAUUUAUUUUGUUUUAUUUCCAAAUAUACAUCCAGAGAAAGUAAUUUGUAUUUUUUUUAAAGUAGGCAUAUUACACGAGGGAACAUGUGAAUAUGUAUCUUAAUGUUGUACAUAUUAAAAUUGUUCAGCCUAAAUAAGUCUUUUUCCAUUUUUUCCUUCAUUAAUUUAUUGAAUAUUGAUUUUUGCUUAGAUGUAAUGUGAUUUUUAGAAUUAUAAACUUAUUGAAGUGGUCAUUUUGUUUAGGGCAGUAAACUUUUUACAUUAGAACACCUUAAAAACAUAUUUGAAUCCAUUUCUUUAAAGUGAGUUUGCUUCAAUAGUAACAAAAAGUUAUAUCAGCUAUAUACAAAUUGCAUUUUUUAAAAUGAAAUUUCAUCAGUUUCCCCUCAAGAAAAGCUCUUCUAGGGAUAAGGAGGAUAAGGAAAGGGUUGUUACUUUUUGAAGGAGUAAAGUUCCAUGGUUUUAAAUCUUUUCCAGCAUCUCUAAGAUUUUGGUUAACUUUAGUUUGUCAAAUAUCUAAAAAUUUGAAAAUGUUUGCAUUUCUUCACCUUUUAUUUAACUGUGAUUUCUACUUUUCAAAUAUUUCUUGUCUUUCUAUGUCUAAUCAAAUUAUUUUCAGUAAGUGUGUCAUUCAUCCAUUUAUUUUGAGGGCACUGUGACAAGUUUAGAUAGUUUGCUAGAAAUUAUUCUUGUAGCUUGUCAUAACGGUAGCUUGAAAGCGACAGUCUCAAGCCAGCACAGGACAUCACCCCUCUGCCUACCAUUUACCUGUGUCAGAGAACACUGUCCAAUUUGCUAAUCUUAUUGAAAAACAUUCUAUAGCUAAUUUUGGUUAUGGAUACACACGCUGGUCAGUGAUCUCUUAAAGUUUAAAUGGCUAUGAAAGCUCUAAUUUGUCUUGCCCUCACUAAUGGGCAAAUAUGUUUUAUUCUGUUAAUGCUUCUGAUAGCCCAAAGGAUCUGUUUUCAAAUAUUCAAGGACUUCAGCUAAGCUGUCACUUAGUAGCAUGUUCUGCAACAAAUGAAUACCUUUCAGUAAUGUUCCUUCUGAAAGCUUAUUCAGUCUCUGUAUUUAUUGUGUCUUCUGCUUUUAUAUUUGGGUACUAUGAAAUAUCAAAGUUUAUUAGGUUUUAAUUCUAAAGGAAUCUUCAGCCUCACUCGAUGAAAUUCACCUAGCCAAAUGUCUGGGAUAUACUUUUUAAGGCAAUUUUACUUGUUAACGUGUCAUUACUACUAACACUAGAAGAUAUUUGAUUAAUUGAGGAGAAGUAAAUGUUUAAAUUUUUGUGUUAAAAGUGUUUGGAAUUAUUACUUUUUCAUCAGGCUUUUUUGUCAUACUAAUACAUAUUUUAUGUACAGAAAUUAAUUAUGCUUUAUUUUUGUAAGUGAAAAACAAGAAUGUGGAUAAAAAUUUGCCACUUGUUUUGUACCACCCCUCAUUAGCUCCACCGAAAGCCUCUGAUGAAGGUGACACCCAGAUAGCUGAUGAACCCCUGACUUCUGUGACUUCUGUCAACUUGUGCCUAAGGCGUGUGUUUGUGUGUGUGUGUGUGUGUGUGUUAAAAUAAAGGUAUUUGCAAAACUGUGGUGUAAAGUAUCAAAGCAGAUCAAAAUUACUUCACUUUUGUUUUCUUUAUUAUGUAUUGCUAUAAUUCUUAAUUUUCUAAGGGUGUAUUUUCUAAUUUUCUGUUUAAUAAUAUAAGUAUUUUCAUAGCUCUUGUCUUUUAAACUUAAGAGCCAAAUUAAAAAGGCAAAAUCGUAUCCCAUUCAUUUGAAUAUUUAUAUAUGAUUAUGAAAUUUUAAGUUAUACUAUAUUUACUCUACCUUUUCAGUUUCGAGCAAUCAGAGAAACUCUGUGGAACAGGCUUCAUGUUGAGAUGUAGUGUUGUCUCCUCGGAGUCACUGUUCCAGCUUCUUCGGAUGCACUGACAUUGUCCGAUUGCAGAGGUGCUGGGUUCUCCGAAGUUUGGCACAAAAACAAGACAGCAUUCUUUCAGCCCUAUAGCUCCUUCAGCCUGCCUUGCUUUGGGACAUGAGUGGUGGGUAUAAGUCAGUUGGGCAGGUGUCUUCUGGGUGACAGUCUUACCCAGUCCAGAGGCGUGGCUGUCAGCCUGCUGCCCUGGGGAUCCUGCAGACGCCUCGGUGCUGAGGACAUACAGAAUGGUGGGCUGUCCUGCUUUUUCAUCUUGUCCUUGAUUCUUUCUUUCUUCUAGAAAUUACCUCCCUGUCUUAUAGAGCUGUAUCCAGACAUGAAGGAAGGACUAUUUUCUGUUUGUUUUUAUUUACAGUUAGAACAGAUUGUUUCUUUGUCUACCCUGAUGUUUGCAACUUUGGAGAAUUAUCAAAAAAUCAGAUCUAGCACAACGAAUUAUUCUUAAUUUGAUCACUUGGUAGUUUACUUUUGGGGGAUUGAUGCUCCAUGACCCUUUCUAAAUAAUUUCCUGGGCUAGCUCCUUAAGUCCAUAAAACAUAUAAGAAAUUUUCUGUGAUUUAGCUGUGGAAUAUUUGAUGACAAUGCCUAUUUGGAAUGCUUAAAGAACUCAGUGACUCAGACUUUAUUUUCAUAAGUUAAUUGAUGGAACCAGUAUGCAGAAUUUUCUGCUUUCAUUAUUUGUUGAGAUGACCAUGUUAUACAUAGGAAUAGAAAUUAAGUAGUUUGUGGACUCCUUGAAUCUAGGAACCAGAUCUUAGGUUUUAUUUGAAUUCCUCUUCAAUGGUAAGCCCUACAUGUGAUAUUCGUUAAUAUCAUAUGAAUAAUGUCAUAUGCUGGUGUUGAUCCUGAUGGGUGAGGAGUUAGUGCAUAAUAAAAUACUGAGUUUUUUUUUUUUUUAAACUGGUUUAAGUAAGUGGUAAGAUUAUUGGACAUUUUUUUUGCAAGAGAAAUGACAUUUUGAGUUUCUAUAACAAACUGACCCAUGCUAACAAAAAUCUUCAGGUGACCUUUCUUGCCUCCAAUUUGUAUUUGAAUCUACAUUUUACCUUUUUUUCCCCUCUGUCUCUGGAUUUUAAUUCCUUUGUGUUUAUUUAGUCUUUCAGUUUUCUCAUGUUCUGAUUCUCCCUUCCCCACUUAUUAUAGAGGGUUGGUGAGUUUGUAGCUGCUGCUGCUGCUGCUGCUUUUUAAAAUCUGUACUAUAUUAUUCAAAAAUAUAAUACAAAUAUGUGUACUAUAUUAUAUUAUACUAUUUUAUUUAAAAAUAAAAAAGAAAUUGGGGUAGUGUCCUAACAUGCAUUUUACCAAGCGUAGACAUCUGUUCUGGAGGGACAGUCCACCUCGCUAGCAGGACUGUUAAUUGGACAUUUAGGGCCUCUUUUUGCUAUGUGUAGUCAUGUUGAAAUAAUUAUGAUGUUCCAGUAUGGGAUAGAGGAAGGUGAGAAGGCUCAAAGUGACUGACAGGUCUCACCAGAAAUGGAGUGGCUGAAAUGACCGGAGUCUGAAGUGAUGUCCAGGCCAAUCCUAGAGCUGACUGUCUGGUCUGCAGUAGCUACUCAUGUGUCUGUAAUGCAGUCAGUCUUCUAAAAUCAUGUCUGUUGUAUGUGGUGUAGCCACAGGCCUAGCCAUUGGCUUAAUGGUUCAAACAUUUUCAUUCAUAGAGAACAUUUCAUUUUGAAAAUGUGGAAUAGUGGCUUGAGGCAGUUGCCAAAAUAACAUAAAUUUCCUUUAGGCAACUCCCUUAUGUUCUAAGGGAAGAAUGUAAGACCUUUUUUCUAAAUUCUGUAUAAGAAUUCCCAAAUAGUUGCCAGAGCUGUUAACUAUCAUCUCUUUAAAAGCUUACAUCAAAAUAAACAUAAAAGGAUGAAAAGAAAGUAAAUAGCGUGGCAGUUAUUUUUCAACAUGUUCUUAAAGCACAUCCUAAUGCUUUGAUGAUUUCUUAGAUGGGAAUAUAGUCCAUUAAUUAAAAAAAAUCUUGUCUGAAUGGAUUAAGAAUUACCUAAGGUGUUUCUCUUUUUGCUUAAAUUGAUAGAAUUUUGUUCAUACUACUUGAAACUAUUUUUGACAAGCUACUGUGUUGUCAUGAAUUUUAUUGUUUCAUGGAAUCUUCCCUUUUUCCCUUUUUCUUUUUUUUCUUUCCUAGACGUUAGCUAUGGUAGUAAAGAUAGAAAAGGAGAAAAGUAGGGCAUGCUUGCAGCAUUUUGGCACUGUAGGGAGAAUCUACAUCAACCAUAGUUACAAAUGAUAAGAAUUUAAUUCUGUCAAGAAUUAGAAGGGUGGGUCUUAUGUACCUUCCUUGUGGUUUUCCCUUAAGUCUACUUCUCUAAUGCCCACAAACUAAUAUUUUUCCCCUCUACAUGCUGUCACUAAUCUUGGAUUACCACUGACCCCUUUCUCCAUUACUGCAUUUUGCAUGGUUGCUGCGGAAAAAAAAAAUCUGUUAUAAAAUUAACUGCACUGACCCUCUCUCGGGGGUGUGCUGCUUUGACAGUUUCUCUCCUUAGCAGUCAUUCUAAACCUUCCCCACACCCUUCCUUCUUCCACUGUCAUUUUAUUCCACUGCAGAGAUGAUUUUGCUUUCUGCUUUUUUUUAAGAUAAUCAAGUGUGGCUUCAUGUGGUUAUUUUCUUUUCUCUUUCCUUUACAACAUUACUAUCUCAGGAUUUUUUUGAGCUAUUGUUUCUUCUCUCAUUCGCUCAUCAUUUUUUCAGACAUUGUAUACUCUGGUUUCCAAAGCUGACCAUUUCCCUUGAGCCUGUACCUCCUGCUGACCUCAUCACCUCUCUCCUGUCAUGAACUUAGUUAGCUUCUUUUUCUUACAGACAUGGCUGCGUUUCCUUAACCUUCAAAACCAAACCUGUAUAAAAUUCUUCAGACUCUUAAUUCUUUUCUGCUCCCGUCAGAAUCUGGGGAAAUUCUAAAUAUAAUCAGUUUUCUUCUAAGGAGAUAAGGAAGGCUGAUACGAGCACCCUAGGAUUUUGGUCACUUUUUCUUCCACCUAUGUUUUCUCAUUGUUGUGGUGUGACUGCCUUCUCUACUGCAUGUAAAACUGUAUUCUGAAAAACUUUAGAGGAUAUUUAGUAACUGACAUAAUACAAUAAUGUCCUAAUCCUAAACCUUUGUUCAUGCCUUCCUUCCUAAAACUGACCAUUAUCACUUUCU